AUGGAGAUGCUAAAACAACUGACAGUGAAUGUACCUUUAGUGGAGGCAUUAGAGCAGUUGCUUGGGUAUGCUAAGUUUAUGAAAGACCUGGUGAUGAAGAAGAGACACAUGAGCCACGAACUGGUGGAUAACCUUCACCACUGCGAUGCUAUUUCAACAAGGUCUUUAGUGCAAAAAAAAGCGAUUCCAGGAGCAUUUACUAUUCCUUAUACUAUCGGGUCUCUUGAUUUUGCUAAGGUCUUGUGUGAUCUGAGAGUGAGUAUUAACCUGAUGCCGCUAGCUAUUUAUAUGAAGUUGGAUUUGGGGGAUCAUACACCCACAACAUACUACGAGGUGGAUUAUGAGGUACCCAUAAUCUUGGGUAAACCUUUUCUCACAAUCGGGAGUGUCCUUAUUGAUUUGAGGGCCAAUAAGUUACAGUUCAGGCUUAAUGAUGAGGUGGUUCGCUUUGAUGUGUGCCAAUUUAAGAAGAAACCCAAGGAUAUGAGUGUAUUUUCCAUUGUUGAUAUUUAUUAUGAAGAUGAGAAAGAGGUUCCAAUUGAGAAGAAAUUUGCUGUGAAAACUCUGUUUGCAGUCUUGAUGAAUUUUGAUAGUGAAGGUAUCGAGGAGUACGAAGAUACAGUGUGUGCUUUGACGGGAAUAGAAUCUUAUUCAUAUGCUCCCAAGAAAAUGGACUUAGAUCUGGAAAAUCGACCAACACCUCCAGCUAAGUUAUCUAUCGAUAAAGAUCAGGAGAAGACGACGUUCAGUUGCCCGUAUGGUACUUUUGCUUUCAAACAGAUGCCUUUUGGCUUAUGUAAUGCACCCACCACGUUCCAACGGUGCGUGAUGUCUAUAUUCUCCGACAUAGUGGAGAACACCUUGGAGGUGUUCAUGGAUGAUUUUUCAGUGGUGGGUGAUUCUUUUGAACUAUGCUUGGGAGUGCAUAGUUUCUUGGGUCACGAUAGAUUCUACCACCGAUUUAUUAAGGACUUCUCCAAGAUCACCAAUCCACUAUGCAAAUUAUUGGAGAGGGAAUCUAAGUUUGUAUUUGAUGAGGAGUGCAAGAAGGCAUUCGAAUGCCUUAAGGAGAAGCUCGUUACUGCUCCUAUUAUUGUGGCUUCAGACUGGUCUAAGCCUUUUAAAAUUAUGUGCGACACAAGUGGAGUAGCACUGGGUGCUGUUCUUGGACAGAAGAAAGAGAAAUUAUUCGACCCCAUUUACUAUGUGAGUAAGGCAUUAAAUGGGACACAGAAGAAUCACACUGUUACUGAGCAUGAACUUCUCGCAGUCGUCUAUGCAUUUGAGAAGUUAUGUGCUUACCUGUGGCGUAUUCCAGAGGUGGACAUGUUUAAUAUCCUGGAAGUUUGUCAUGCUUCUCCGAUUGGGGGUCACCAUGCAGGUGAUCGUAUUGCAAGGAAAGUUGAAGCCAUUGCUUUUGACGAUAAUAAAGGAAAGAGAGUGGUUGCAUUUCUUAAGAAGAAUAUCUUCUCUCGCUUUGGGGUACCACGUACCAUCAUAAGUGACGGUGGAUCACACUUUUGUAACCAAGUGUUUCGAGAUGCUUUGUUGAAAUAUAGUGUGAAACAACAUAAGGUUGCUAUGCCAUAUCACCCACAGACCAGUGGGCAAGUGGAUGUUUUGACCCAGGAGAUAAAAGCAAUUUUGGCUAAAACGGUGAAUGCGAGCAGAAAAGAUUGGUCUUGA